GGCCGAGGCGCCCCCCCCGCUGGCCGCACGCCAGGGCGGCGGAGGCCGCCCGGGGGCCCCCGGGGCGCACACCGACGUGGCGCAGGCGCUCUUCAGCGCGGUGCAGAAGAACGAGGUCGCCCUGGCCCUCCAGCUCGUGGAUGCGGGCGCGGACCCGAACUCGGUGGACGCGUGGGGAGAGACGCCGCUCUUCGAGGCCGCCGCCGCGGGCCACGGCGAGGUGCUGCGCGGGCUGCUGCUCCGGUCGGCGGACCCGGGCCGCGUCUCCUUCAGCGGGCACACCGCCCGCGACCUGGCCGUGGACGCGGCCACGCGGGCGCUGCUGGGCCAGCCGCCGGGCGGCGGGUGCGCCGGCGAGGGGCCGCUGCUCCGCGCCGUGCGCGCCUCCGACCUGCCGGCGGUGCUGCAGCUGCUGGAGCAGGGGGCCGACCCGAACCGGCCGGACGCCACCGGAGAGACGGCACUGUUCGAGGCAGCGGCGGUGGGUGACCUCGACGUCUGCGCCGCGCUGCUGCUCCGCAGGGCCGACCCGACCGCGCGCUCGCGCGCCGGGCUGGCCGCCAGCGACCUGGCGGCCAGCGUCCAGGUCCUGUCGCUGCUGGGCGCGUUCUCGGGCGGCGGGGCGGAGGGCGGCGCCGGCCAGGCGGCCCUGGCGGCCCUCGACGCCCCAAUGCGGCAGCAGGUGG